GCGAACAUUUCCCAGGCCCAUUCCCCACCACGAUUGUUCCACGUACACGGCAUACAAUCAUUUUGGGAGAUGGGCACUGGUCUUCAGCUUGAGAUAGUAUCUGAGACCAUCUUCCGACGAUAGCCCUUGCUUCAGCCGCGCUGAGCCUCGACAGCACCUCAGGCUUAUCGUGCAAACCGCUUGCCCCUUCGCUUCUCUGCUUUUCUAUGCCCAGCAAAUGCACUGUCACACUUUUAAUCUUGAGGUACGGACAUCCAUACUCCCGGUAUCACCGUCAUCUGCGUUUUCGACACCGUAAUUCUCAUGAGUGCAUACCGCCUUUUUAGGUGACAUCCCUUUUCGUGCAGGAGGACCACGCACAGUCCAGGAUGGAGGAAAAGCCACAGGCCGCUUUGAAGCUGGGAUGCUGCCCAGACCCACCCGCACGAAUUCUUCAUCGCUAUGGCCGUGCCCUGAAAGACUCCGCUUUCCUUACCCUCGUUGCACAGGAAGACCCGUUUUCUACUACAUCGCUCUUUCCGUCUGUUGAUGCCGACGGUGAGUGAGGUGUCGACACAGCCACCGCACUGCGUUUGUGAAAAUAUUUUCUCACUCGAUUGACAUCAGUAGUGUUUACACAGGACAUCUGGUAGCUGCCUAUGAACGUACACCGCGCGAAUGGCCUGCCGUGUCCACGCUGGACAUCACGAGUUUCGAAAGCGUAUGUACAUUAAGAGGCGACACUAGCGACCUGCACGCUAACUUAUUCUGCUCCUUGACUCCUCUGUAUCAUCUGCGCAACGCAAAUAUAUAUAGACCAGUACAAGUAUCCAAUCUCGAAUGGGCACCCUUAGAUUCGAUUUGUCAUCUGUGAGGGCGCCUUUACGACACCUUGCGACGCUUACAUGCAGGCUGCUGCAAAGUAAUACGGCUUCCACUUACUCAUCCCGCGCCAAUUAUGCGCCCUCCCGCCAUGCUAUGCGCAGUGUCAAUGUUCGAACGUCCACACGCCGACGGUCUCACGCGGCCGGGGAGGCUAGCUCGUUCGGCUGAAUAAGCUGCUCCCAAAGCAUUCGCUUUCUUGUUCCUAUGCCGACUUACUACCGUCCCACUGGGGAGCCUGCAGGGUAUGCCACGACUGUACUAACUUCUAGUCACCUGACCUUGCCCAACUCAAGGUAUCGCCGAACAUACUUGCCCGAGCGAAGUUCCUAUGGUUGGAAAGCAAACUCCGCGCUCAGUGCGCUUGCCCGCCCAUACGUCGUGCGCGUACUCGUUAUCCGCGACGUACGUCAUGGCGGGAUGGCCAUAUAAGACCUUGGCGGUAGACGAGUGUCACUAUAGUAUCGCCCACAAGCCUCAACAUGCAGUCUGCAAUUGACAUCGUCGUCCAGCCUCUUGCAGGAGAGUUCAACUCUGCUCCCGACACAUUGGUGUCCCCUACCCCAGUCGGCACGUCCAGUCCCGAAAGGGAGAGGUCGGUCGAACGAGCCAUCGUCCACGGUGAACUGCCCUUCAGGCGGAAAAUGGUCGUGAUGGUCUCCAUCGCUCUCACCCAGCUCGUUCAAAUGAUUCCUUUUGGCGGAGGCCUCGUGACAUCCAUCCAUAUCGCCCAAUCGCUCGAUCAGCCUUCUGUGGCUACUGCAGCAUGGGUUGCUGCAGCCUAUCCUUUAACCCAGGGUGCUUUCAUCUUGCCUGGCGGUCGUCUCGGCGCCGUGUACGGCCAUAAAAAUAUGCUCUCCCUUGGUGCGCUUCUCUGGGUUGCGUUCACCAUCGGCACCGGCUUCGCUCCUAAUUUCAUCGUCCUAUGCGUCUUGCGCGCCCUGACCGGUAUCGGCGGCGGUAUCAUGGUCCCUAACUGUAUUGCGCUCCUCGGCAUUACAUUUCCGCCCGGUCUUUGGCGCAAUAUCGCUAUGGCGCUCUUCGUAAGCGGCGCGCCUGUCGGCGGUGCUGGUGGAGGUGUCCUUGCGGGCGUCGUGGCACAGUUGGCAUCCUGGAGAUGGAUGUUCUGGUUCUUCGCUAUUCUCGGUUUCGUCGUGUUUACCGCGGCAUUCAUAUCGGUACCGCAUGACGAGCCUCAAGAUCCAAAUGGCAAGAUAGAUAUUGUCGGUUCGUAUUUCGGCGUUGGUGCCCUCUUCCUGUUCAACUUCGUAUGGAACCAAGCACCCGCUGUCGGUUGGGACACGGUGUACAUCUAUGUCCUACUCAUCGUGUCUGUUCUCCAUGCUGUCGCGUUCGGCAUCUGGGAGGCUAAGUUCGCCAAAGAGCCCAUCGUACCCAUCACCGUCUGGAAGAGGCCAUCCUUCACCCCUCUGAUCAUCUCGGUCUUCCUCAUCAUGAUGUCCUUCGGGAUUUGGCUGUGGUACAUCGCAGUCUGGGAGCUCACCGUACGCGACUACACCAUCAUUGCCGCCGGCGCAAGCAUUUCACCGAUCGCCGUCUCCGGCACCAUCAUGUCUGUUGUCGCCGGCUGGCUCAUUCAGCGCCUUGACGCGCAGUACAUCAUAUGCAUCGGCAUUGCUGAGGUCACAACCGCCCUCAUCAUCCUCGGGACGAUGCCCACACACCAAGUAUACUGGGCACAGGCCUUCGUUGCCGCACUCGUCAUCGGUGCCGGCCCCGACUUUGUGCUCACCGCGGGGCAAGUCAUCACUAGCAACGCGAUGCGCCGCCACGAGCAGGGCGUCGCGGGCUCGCUCAUCGGCGUCGUUCAGGUCUACGGGCUCGCGACGGGCCUCGGUUUUGCGGGCACCGUCGAGCGGUAUGUGAACGACGGCGGGCGGCACCCCGUCAAGGGAUUCCGCGGCGCGAUCUUCCUCGGCGUCGGUUUCUGCGUGCUCGCGCUCGCCAUCAACUUGCUCUUCGUGCGCAUGCCGGCGGACAAACAGGAGGGCUGGACCGAGGAGGAUUUGCAAAGGCACAUUGCCGAGAAGACGAAAGACCCGGAGAUCGCCUAGUGCGACUGAAAUUUGCGCAGCAAGCCCAGGCAUAUCAAACCUCGCCGCGAGCACCGACUCUCGUGCCCGCCUCCAGCACGUCCGACAGGGGCGUACAGGGCACGCCACCGAGUGUCUGUCACCCAGCAUAGGCACUGUAGGCACUAGUAUGUACGCGAUCACACCUCUCACAUCGAGUGCCGUUAAAAUUUAGAUAGAAUGCAGUCGCUCAUUUGCGGCUGCAUGCAUUUUCAUGGGUUGUGUACAAUCCUAGGCUAGAUUACAAGAGGAAUGUCCACUAUUUUCAUUACUGUCGUCGUUGCGAAAGGAACGCGGCGGUAAGUUCGAAAAUUCUCGAAUUUCUGCCUUUAAGCGCCGCCGAGCCGGAGGCGCCCAAGGAUCUCACAAGCGCCGCCGCGGCAGUUCGUCUCAAAUGGAAGGCGACCUGAGUAGCAAGUAUGUGCCAUG